AUGUCCUCCAGUCCCACAGACUACACCCGUACAACUGCCCUCCUGUGCUACGGCGGACAGACCAGGCUAACACCGUCUCCUCUCCCUCUCCAGGCCGCGUAUAACUAUCUCCGUCAUCGCGCCCAACCAUGCCUCCGACCAAGAGAUUCUCAACUUCGACCUUUCCCCCGACCUCUCCCUCGCCGACCUGAAAGGCUUCGUCGCCGCCGAGACCAACAUCCCUCACGACCAUCAGCAGUUCUUCUUCAAUAACCAAGUUGUCCAAGGUGACAACAAGACGUUACAAGAGGCUGGGAUCAAGGAUGGGGAUAUGAUUGCUAUGCUCAUGCGUCAACCACAGCAACAGAAUAACAUGGGCUCGCAGCGACGUCCCCAGCAACAGCAGCAGAGGCGAGGAGGGGCUCCCAAUAGCCCAGAAGAGAUCGAGACAGCGCGGUUGAGUUUGCUCGGGAACCCAGGAGCCAUAGCUCAGAUGCGGCAACAACGCCCGGCAUUGGCCGACGCCAUCCACGACAGCAGUCGUUUCCGUGAGGUAUGGAUGGAGAUGAUUCGGGAAGAUGAGAACCGUGAGCGAGAGAGAAUGGAGCAGAUGAGGCUGCUGAAUGAAGAUCCCUUCAACAUCGAAGCACAGAGGAAGAUCGAGGAAAUGAUACGGCAAGAGUCGGUGCAGGAGAAUUUGCAGUUCGCGUACGAGCACAGUCCUGAGGGUAAGUGUGCUACAGAUCGGCAUUGGGGACGCGCUAACAGAAUGUGACGCGUAGUAUUCGGCAGAGUUACCAUGCUCUACAUCCCGGUCCAAGUCAACAAACACCCGGUCAGCGCAUUUGUCGACUCGGGUGCCCAAACCACCAUCAUGUCGCCAUCUUGUGCGGAGUCAUGCGGAAUUAUGCGGCUCAUUGACAAGAGAUAUUCUGGCAUUGCAAAGGGUGUCGGCACUGCGCAGAUUCUUGGACGAGUCCACUCGGCCCCUAUUACGAUCGGCAACUCGACUAUGUCCUGCUCCUUCACCGUCAUGGAGGGCAAAGACGUUGAUCUCCUACUCGGCUUGGACAUGCUCAAGCGCUUCCAAGCCACCAUCGAUCUCAAGCAGAACAAGCUGAUCUUUGGUGACGACAACGAGGUUGCUUUCCUUGGAGAGGCCGACAUUCCUAAGAACAUGGAGGAAGCCGAGCCCACCGUGCCUGGUCCCAAUGGCACUGAGAUUGGUGCUCAAUCUGGAACCGUCAAGCAAGCUGGCGGACAAGCCUCUACAUCGGGAACGAACGGUUCUUUCCAGGGUCAAGGACAAGCACUCGGCUCGACUUCAAGUUCGUCGAAAGCACCGGCUACGCCUUCAGCAUCGGCUGGAGCACCUGCCUCAUCAAGCCACUCCAAAGAGAAGAUCGAGCAGCUGAAGAGCCUCGGAUUCUCCCAGCAACAGGCGAUCGCAGCGCUGGAUGCCUGUGACGGCAACGUUGAGUACGCUGCGGGCCUCCUCUUUCAAUCUUAA